UUAUAAUAAAUAAUUAAAUUAUCAAAAACUUAAACGUCAAUUUAAAUUUUAAAUUUUAAAAUCUCGCGGUUGAUUACAAAAAUAUAAAAAAAUAAUUUUAUAUUAAUAAUUAAUUAAUAUAAUUAUUGUAAAUAUAUAUUUAUAAUAUAUAAAUAUAUAUAAAAUGUCAAAUAAAUAUGAAGAAAGACGUAAAAGACAUCCGAUACGUGAAGAUUCAUCAAUAACUGGUGACGGAAAAGGAAAACUUAUUGCUGUAAUUGGUGAUGAGGAUACUUGUGUUGGAUUUCUUUUGGGAGGAGUCGGAGAAAUAAAUAAAAAUCGUCAGUCAAAUUUUAUGGUUGUGGAUAAAAACACAGCAGUUGGUGACAUUGAAGAUACAUUUAAACAAUUUGUAAAACGUGAUGAUAUUGAUAUUAUUCUUAUCAAUCAAAAUGUCGCCGAAAUGAUUCGUCAUGUUAUUGAUAGUCACACUCAACCCGUCCCUGCUGUUUUGGAAAUACCUAGUAAAGAUCAUCCUUAUGAUGCAAGUAAAGAUUCGAUUUUACGACGUGCUAAGGGUAUGUUUAAUCCAGAGGAUAUUCAUUCAACAUAAAUAUAUAAAAAAAGUUAUUAACAAUUAUUUUAAAAAUAUGUUACUAAUAAAUGUUAAAUAAUAUAAAUAUAAAUAUAAAUAUGAAUAUAAUUAUGAUAAAAAAAAUAAUUAAUGGAUAAUUUAUUAAAUUUUAUUUUUGCUGCUUAAAUUUAUUUCGAUUAAAAAAAAAUAUUUCUAAAAUUAAAAAAAAAAAAUUUUUUUGAUUACAUUCCGUUUUGUUUUAAUUAAAAAUGAAUAAAAAAAAUUUUAAUAAAAUAAAAUUUCCAUAGCAAUUUAUUUUAAUUAAUUAAUUAAUUAAUUGAUUGAUUGUAAAUACAAAUUUAAAUUUCACUGUAAAUGAAGGUAUUG